AUGACUACAAUGGAAACGGUCUUCGCCGGCUACCAGGCCCGCCAGGCAGUCCUCGCGCAGAGCAAGAAUCCCCUCGCCCAAGGAGUCGCCUGGAUCGAAGGCGAACUAUGUCCUCUCCACGAAGCCCGCAUCCCCAUCCUAGAUCAAGGCUUCAUGCACAGCGACCUCACAUAUGACGUCCCAUCCGUAUGGGACGGUCGAUUCUUCCGCCUCGACGAGCACCUCGCACGCCUCGAAGCAAGCUGCGAAAAGCUCCGCCUGAAGAUGCCUCUCCCGCGCGACGAAGUCAAGAAAGUAUUAGUGGACAUGGUCGCCAAGUCAGGCAUCCGCGAUGCCUUUGUCGAGAUCAUCGUUACGCGCGGUCUGAAGGGUGUUCGUGGCACCGAUCCCAGGGAUAUUGUCAACCGCAUUUACAUGUUUAUCCAGCCCUACGUUUGGGUUAUGGAGCCGGAGAUCCAGCCAGCAGGUGGCCGGGCUAUUAUUGCACGUACCGUCCGCCGAACACCUCCUGGUUCGAUUGAUCCGACAGUCAAGAAUUUGCAGUGGGGGGAUCUCAUCCGUGGACUCUUUGAGGCUGCUGAUCGUGGUGCAACGUACUCGUUCCUGACGGAUGGCGAUACCAACCUGACCGAGGGAUCAGGAUUUAAUGUUGUCCUGGUGAAGAACGGCAAGCUGUAUACUCCCUCGCGUGGCGUCCUGGAAGGAAUUACGCGCAAGAGUGUAAUUGACGCGGCACGGAUGAAUGGAUUGGAAAUACAUGUUGAGAUUGUUCCGGUGCAGAUGGUCUAUGAUGCUGAGGAGGUUUUCAUGUCCACCACUGCCGGUGGGAUUAUGCCCAUUACCAUUAUCGAUGAUAAGCCGGUCAAUGAUGGCAAGGUUGGCCCAGUCACAAAGAGGAUCUGGGAUACAUAUUGGGCAAUGCAUUACGACCCGGCUUUCAGCUUCGAGAUUGCAUAUGGAGAUGGCCAUGCAGGCAAGGGAUCUAACCUCUGA